GGCGGGGGGCGGGCGUUGUUCCGUGGGCCCCCUCCGCACAGCCUCCCGAGCGGCGGGCGCGGUCGGUGCCGGUGCCAUGGCGGAGAGCGACUGGGACACGGUCACGGUGCUGCGCAAGAAGGGCCCCAGCGCGGCCCAGGCCAAGUCCAAACAGGCCAUCUUGGCGGCCCAGCGGCGCGGAGAGGACGUGGAGACCUCCAAGAAGUGGGCAGCAGGCCAAAACAAACAACACUUUAUUACAAAGAACACGGCCAAGCUCGACCGAGAAACAGAAGAGCUGCACCAUGACAGAGUUCCGCUGGAGGUGGGCAAAGUGAUCCAGCAGGGCCGACAGAGCAAGGGCAUGACGCAGAAGGACUUGGCCACAAAAAUCAAUGAAAAACCACAAGUUAUUGCUGACUACGAAUCAGGAAGAGCAAUCCCUAAUAACCAAGUUAUGGGCAAGAUCGAAAGAGCCAUCGGCCUUAAGCUGCGUGGGAAGGAUAUUGGAAAACCGCUGGAAACCGGCCCCAAAGGGAAAUGACAACAAAGCCUCGAAAUCAGUUUGUCCAGACUGAUCUCGUCUGGCUGGUUCUCCUUAACCACCAGAAUCUCUCUUCGUAUUGCCAAGCUGAACAAGAGGGUUUCAGACUUGCUUUGGGGGGGGGGAAAUCUGCUGAAUCUGUACCUGCUGUAAAAAGGCAACCUUAAAGAAGCGAUUUUCCUGAUUUUGUUUUUCCUUCCUCCUUUCCAGAGACCGAGGAACUAAGCCCCAAAAAAUACCACAUCUGAAAAACAUGUGCGUCUUGGUGUUUAGAAGCAGCUAAUGUUGAGACACUUGGGGUGGUCUGAAAUGCCAUCAUUUAAUUGGAAAAAUUUGUGGGAGGGGUGGGGUAUAUUAUAUAUAAAUAAUUUGGGAGAGUUGGGGGUUGAUCAGUGUCUGCAUUUGAAACGAUGACUCAGUCACUGCAUCACAAUGACAUUUUUGUUUGUUCCUUCCAGCCUGUUUUAAAAAGAGAUCUAUAAUAAAGUUUGAUACCCUUCAGAUGCA